UUCGUUGUCGGUUUUAGAAAGUAACCUUUGUUGGAAAGAAUUUUCUUUAGACGAGCUUUGGACACAACUAUCUAUGGAAUUGACUCGUUUGGGUUUUCAUCUUUCGAACGAAAAGUACGCGCUUCGAACAGCUGUUUGUCUUUGGAUAUAUCUAAAGGAAGGGACUCAGUUGGGUCCUGAAGAACGAUGUGAACUUUCAAGAGUCAGUUUCUUAUUGCAAUAUAGUUCAGAACCAAAGCAAGUGUUGAGGAGGGAAGAUGUAUUGAGUCGGCUAUCGAGUUGUGCUUUGCUAUUAUUAGCUUUAAUAAGUUUUGAAUGUUGGGAGGAUAUGAAAGAAUAUUAUGGGUUCCUAGUAUCUUAUUGUAAGGAACAUUUCAGAUUGGAUUGGAUUUGUCUUGUUUGGGAAAAUGAAAUAGAAAUUGAAAAUUAUCUUCAGACUUAUUUGGAUGAAACUGGAGAUAUUCAAUUGGUAGCUCUUGUGUCUCUUCAUCUAUUAUUGACUAGAACAAGUCUCAAGAUGUUUUGGAUAUCAGAAUAUCGUCGAAUACUGGAACAAUUGUCUCAAUGGGAAUGGAUAGAGGAACUCAAUGUUUUCUGUUCAUCCAAUAGGGAAUGUCCUUUAGAUCUAUCUCUUCCACAAAAAGGUAGAAAUGAUCAUUUGGAUGCGAUGUGUUAUUUUUGUAACAAGUCACUUGUACACGUACCUUUUCAAGCGAAUCAGAAUACCAAUUCCAUUCCUAGUUUCCAGUCUUCUUGGAGAAUAUCAAGUUUUAACCAUCCCCGAAAGUUUGACUGGCACAGAGUAAGUAUUGUUCUCAUAGGUGGACUAUUGGAACGAAAAUGCUUUACUUAGGUCCAUUAUUGUCCUUGGUGUAAGAAAGAAUUGCCCAAAUGCUGCGUUUGUUUAUUCCAUUUGUCUUGUUGGAAUCCUAAUUAUGAGCCACCUGUUAUUUUUGAUAAGCAAUAUUACAUGAAUCACUAUUCUACUGAUAUUAUGGAAACUAGUAACUUUUUUACUUGGUGUGUUCAUUGUCGACAUGCCAGUCAUGUUGAUCAUAUAUUAUUAUGGUUUCUUGGUCAUCCACAACCAGAAUCUGUUGUCAGUUGCCCUGUUUCAGGAUGCUCUUGUGUAUGUAUGUCUUUGGAUAAAGGACUGCGAUGAACAAACCGCAUAUUCAGGAAUUCCCAUCCACGAGCUCGGUGCGAGUUGGACACGUGCCUCAUUCCGUCC